CAUGAGCUCUAGUGUAGAACAGAAUAUGUGACAGUCUCCCUGCUGUGGAUUGCGUGACUAACCCUUCUCUCCCUCCCCUGCAGAAAUGGCCCUGAACAACUCUGAAGUGGGUUUAGAUGUCAUCUUGGCGAUGGACCAACUCCUGGAGCUCACCCCGUCCGCCGUGACCCCUACACCCCUGGAGUCCACAACAGUGAUGACCCCAUGGGACGUGGCCCUGUGUGUAUCAGGAGCUGUGAUCUGCUGUGAGAACGCCAUCAUCGUGGCCACCAUCUUCUCCUCGUCGUCUCUGCGGGCUCCCAUGUUCCUGUUAAUCUGCAGCCUGGCGUGGGCCGACUUCCUGGCGGGGGCGGGGCUUAUUUUACACUUCCUGUCCCGUCGGUGCGUUUACUCGGAGGCUCUGGAGCUGGGGAGUGUGGGUCUGUUGGUGAGCGCGCUCAGUGCGUCAGUCUUCUCUCUGUUGGGAAUCACCCUGGACCGGUUCCUCUCGCUGCAUCGCGCGCUGACUUACGGAUCCCGUCGCACACACGCGCAAACACUCUGCGCUCUGGCCGUCGGCUGGACUUUUGCGGGUCUUCAAGGUGCUCUUCCUGCGUUGGGCUGGAACUGCUUGCAUGAUGGAGAAUCCUGCAGCGUGCUUCGACCUUUGACCCGAGUGCACCUGGCGACUCUAUGUGGAGGCUUUCUGCUGACCUUAGCUUUAAUGCUGCAGCUGAACGCCCGAAUCUGCAGCGUCGUGCUCCGCCACUCGCAUCAAAUCGCCCUCCAGAGGCACACACUCCCGUCCGCUCGCACACACACGCGCCGUCGGGUUAACACACUCGCGCUCAUCCUCACCACGUUCGCCAGCUGCUGGAUGCCCUUCGCCUUGUACGGGCUUCUGGCCGACGGGUCGUCACCGGCUCUCUACACUUACGCCACACUGGUUCCGGUCACUGGAAACUCUCUGCUGAACCCUCUGAUCUAUGCCUACAGGAACACACACAUACAGAGAGUGCUGCGACAGGCCUGCUGCUGCUGUCUGCCUAACACACCCAACAAACACACACACACCCCCAGUGAUGUCUGACAGAA